AUGGACGACCGAACAAUAGAUCUGAUUUUUGCUGGUUCUUUGGAGAGUUUGCCGCCAGUCAGUUCAAAAAUUGUCAGAAUUUUUACUAGUUCCACUUUCACAGACACUACGAUGGAAAGGAAUACGUUGAUGGCAAAAUGUUAUCCGAAAAUAAAGGAUUACUGUCGAGAAAAGCAUGGACUGGAAUUUCAGGUAGUGGACAUGCGAUGGGGAGUAAGAGACGAAGCAACGGACGAUCACAUGACCACCGAACUGUGUAUGAAAGAAAUACAAAACUGUCAAAGACUGUCCAUGGGUCCCAAUUUUGUUGUGUUUUUGGGCCAGAAAUACGGAUAUAGACCAAUUCCAACCUACGUGCUUUCUUCAGAGUUACAAAUGAUACGGGACGAAUUAGCUGCGACCGGACACGACGCAACCCUCAUAGACACUUGGUACCGUAAGGACAGCAACGCUGUACCUCCUAUUUCCGUUCUACAACCCAUAUCGUCCAUCUUAAUCAAUUUUAACAACAAAAGAAUUCCGAAACUGCAAGCCGAAGAUCAGGCUAAAUGGUGGGACACCUUAGGAAAAUUUCAGAAAUUGUUUCGAAAAGCUGCCGCUUCUUUGAACCAGCAAGGAAAAAUGGACAAUGAUGCGAUGCACAACUAUUUUAUGUCAGUUACCGAAAGAGAAGUAAUCAAUGGUAUCUUAAACGUAAAAAACACCAAGAACCAUUGCUUGGCCUACGUAAGGAUGAUCAAUAACAUCAAUUUGCAAAAUUUGAAAAAAGCAUCGCUGUUCGUCGACAUCAUCAACAGGAGUUUGGACAUGGAAUCCUCAAAGUUGCUUGGAAACCUUCGAGACGAACGAUUGCCAAACAAAAUCGAAACCAGCAACAUGCAAAAAUAUACCGUUGAAUGGAUUGGAAGAGAGGGCCUUGACCCAGAAACUCACGAGGAAUACUUGAAACAUUUUAUCACGCACUUCUACAAAAAUAUCGUAAAACUUGUCGACAGGGCUAUGAGAAAAGAAGAUUCCAGUGCCCAAGGACAAAUUGUAACCGAAAUUCUACAACAUUUGCACGCUUGCAAUAAUUCUGUAAAGGUAUUUUAUGGGAGAGAAGAAAGCCUGGAGCGUAUCCACCAAUAUAUGAUCGGUGAUUCUGAAAAACUUUUGGUUUUGUAUGGCGAAGGCGGCUGUGGAAAAACUUCCCUACUAGCGAAAGCAGCCAGCCUGUCUACUGGGAACGCUUGGUUCAAAGGAGCCAAGCCUGUAAGCAUCGUUCGCUUUCUAGGAACUACGCCCGAUUCUAGUGCUUUAACUCCCACUUUGAUAUCGAUCUGUCAACAGGUGUCUUACAACUUUAUGCUACCGUUUGAUGGCAUCCCCGACGACCUGGUACCACUAACUGCACACUUUAAACAACUCUUAACUAUGGCAACUAAAGAUCAACCCUUCGUAUUAUUUUUAGAUUCAGUCGAUCAACUCACAGGAACCGCUGAUGCUAAUAAAGUAUCUUGGCUUCCCACAAGAUUGCCGAAACAUUGCAAAAUACUAGUGUCAUGUGCCUGUGAAGAAUCUAACCCAGAAGUAUCUCGAGAAUAUCACGUCUUGCGCAGAAUGAUUGACGUAGAGGAAAACUUCAUCGACGUAAAAGCUCUAGGAGAAGAACUGGCCAUGAAAGUUAUAAAAAUGUGGAUGAGAACGGCUUGUAGGGAUCUAACAAAUUACCAGUGGCGCUUGGUUUCCAACGCCAUAGACAAAUGCAGUUUACCUAUAUUUGUGAAAUUAGUGUUCGCUGAAAUAUGUAGAUGGCGUAGUUACACUAAAAGUCAAGACACUCAUUUGGCUUCGACUGUUAUGGACUCUAUUAUGAUGCUCUUUGAAAGAAUCGAGAAACAGCAUGGCAGAAUUCUGGUUUUUCAUGCCCUCGCUUAUAUAACAGCAGCAAAAUCCGGUCUAUCCGAAUCGGAACUGGAAGAUUUAAUUUCCCUAGACGAUAAGGUACUAGACGACGUCUAUCAGUACCAUUUACCACCUGUUCGAAGAAUACCCCCACUGUUAUGGACCAGAAUAAGAAACGACUUGCCUAACUACCUUUCCGAAAGAGAGGCUGAUGGAGUCAGUGUUAUGAAUUGGUAUCAUAGACAGUUCAGAGAUGCCGCUAAAGAAAGAUAUUUUAAAAAUAUGAAUAUGGCCCUCUACUUCCAUUCGAUGAUAGCCGAUUAUUUUUUGGGUAUAUGGGGUGGAGGAAAACCAAAGCCAUUUAAGUAUACCGAAAUACAACGUCAUAGAUUCAACUUAACUGAUAAGGAAGGUAUAGCUGACAGAAAAGUACCCGUUCAACCUUUAGUAUUCUACUCAAAAGAUGGCAAAGUCUCGCGCUAUAAUUUGCGUAAAUUUGGCGAACUCCCAUUUCACCUGGUUAGGUCGAGACGAUUGAAGGAUCUUUAUGAAAACGUUUUAUUUAACUACGAAUGGCUACACGCUAAACUAUCUAGCUGUCCCUUACAAUCAGUACUCUCGGACUACGAAGAUGCCGGUGUACAUAUUGAGGACAACGAUUCUAAAAGAGAACUAAUGUUGGUAGCGGAUGCUCUAAGAUUAGGAGGAGCUGUCUUAGGACAAUACCCCAACAUGCUGGCCCCCCAACUCAUAGGCAGACUUCUACCGGAAGUCGCACCAAAUCCAAACAUCAAAAUGUUAUUAAACGACUGCGACAAAAAGGGACCUGUCCAGUGUGCUCUACUACCUUUAUAUCACUGUCUACAUACACCGGGUGGUCCCUUGAAGUAUUCUUUGGAGGGUCAUCAGUUUGCGGUGUUCUCAAUUUGCCUGACAUCUGACUACCGGUAUAUCGUUUCUGUAUCGAACAGAUUCAUAACAUGGGAUCUAUCUACCAGUGAUUUAACGAGAGAUGUGAAUCCUAACAUCGAAGGCAUUAUGCAGCACUUGGUGCUGAGUCCGGAUAACAAAUGGGCAGCAGCUUACACUAACAAUAACCAGACCGUUCUGCUAAACAUGCUGUCCAGCGAAUACGUAAUUGUUGAAAAUCCGUUAGAAGAAGAUCAAACUGUUAUCGGUAUCUUUCUGUUAAAUCACAAUUUAUACAUUUACGGGAACGAAGCAUGGGUUAAAUACGAUAUGAGAGGAAAUCGGGAAGAGGACUUUGUAAGUCCCAUGAAACUGGAAGCCUGGCCAAUAUUAACAAUGGAGUUUGAUAAUAGUUCAGAUUACCGAAUCAUUUUCUGGAGAAACAAUCUAGAUGAUACUCAAAUGAAGUUGUUUGAGAAAAACGAAAAACAAGUAUUCGAAAUAUUUGAUUUUCAUAGCGCUAUGGUAUUAAAUAAAGAUAGAACAACCCUCUACACUUGUACAACUGAAGAUCUAUAUACUGUAUCAAAGUACAGUAAAAAUACCGACAGGAAAAUAUGGGAAAAGGAAUGCGAUUUACCAAGAAGUGAAUCAGAUGAUGUGGAGGCGAUGUUACAACUAAAAUUAGACAAACAUGAUCAAGUCUUAUUCGGAACUACAAGUAAUGGUUUUAUUAUAUGGGACUUUAACGUUGAAGAUUACGUUGGCGAUCACAAUGCAAUAGUGCUAACACUACCUUACGGCACUAGGAAUAUCACUACUAAAAUGCUACAGUCAAAUUCAAUAAUGUUAAGUGCACGGAAGAAUUAUGCUAUUGCUGGAGUCAGGAAGAACCUAUAUGUUUGGAGUAUCGAGACAAGAAAGCUCGUGAAAAUAUUAGACGCUCAUUUCGGAAGGAUAAUUCAACUUGAACCGCUAACUAUAGGCAACUGGAACAGUAUCGUCACAUCUUCCAUAGACAGAACUGUAAAAGUCUGGAAUAUUAACAACAUAUUCGAACAAGUCCACGUGAUUGAUCGGCACGAACUUCAAGUCGACUCUAUAAGUCUUUCAGAUAACCUAGGGUUGGCUGUUACCGUGACAAGAAAUUGUGUGGGAGUCUGGGACUUGAGAGUUGGUAAACUAAUAGCUAAGCUAGCAGAUAGUCCCUUAGGAGCAAUUGUUACCCAUGCCAUCAUAACACCAGAUGGAAAAUAUAUCAUUUCUGCCGAAACUGGAAACAUAUUAAUAUGGCUGAGACUAACCCAACAAGUCAUAUUUAAAGACGAACAACCUGGAAUUAGGCAACUGUCACUUAUCGAUAAUGGAACCAAAAUUUUAUCAAUUUCCAAACCAAGCAAUCCACCAGGAACUGACUUUGUUAGAACUACAGCUACGGUUUGUGUGCGAGAAAUACCAAGUGGCGAAAUGAUGUACACUUUUGAAUACGCAGUGCGAAGUACCACGGGAGUACCUUUCAGACCCGCAGUGAUAACAUCUGAUAAUCAGCACCUAAUAGUUUCGGCAGCCGACAAAACAAAUAGGGAUUGUAUUGUCGUCUACAACGCUCAAAAUGGAAAUCUAGUACACAGAAUUCCUUUAAAAAUGUGCAGCAUUAAAGAUAUAGCUGCGUUAGUAGCAAUCCCUAACAAAGGACACCUAGUUGCAGUAAUGACCGCAGAUAAAGGCGCUAUCAUCGACAUAAAAAACAAAAAGCAUAUAAGAUCCAUACCAAAAUGGGGUGGCAGUAUAACAAAAGAUGGUAAAUACGGAUUAUACGCUCCGGCAAGAGGUGGACUAGAACUGCUUGAACUGAGAAAAGGCCAGACCGUUAAAACGUACAUACCGAAAGUAGCCGAAGGUGUUUUUACAAUUAUAUGCCUAUUCAAUAAAACCGAUGAAUAUGUCUUAUACUAUCAUAGUGGAAGGAAAACUCUACGAGUAUUCAGAACUUCAGAUGCGGAAAUGAUUGCAAAUUACAGAGUCCAAGCUGAACUAACCGCAGUAGAAAGUACACACGACGGUAACGCUUUAGUUUUAGGUACAGUGGAUGGCUGUGUAUCCGUUCUGGCUAUACUAGAUCCAGUUAAGAACGAUAUGAUUAGCUAUUUGGCUGGAAUGCCUUCCCGGGAUGAAGAAUGGAAGAAGAAAGUUGAAAAAAUGAAGGCCCACACCAGAUUUAAAGCUGUACAAGCUAUAGCUAAACUUUCAACAAGCUUCGCAAAUUUAGAAAACAAUAAUCAACAGAUAAUUAAUAUGGAUGAUGCUUAUAAUAACGAAAACGCUCAGCAGAUAUAAAACAGCUUACAAAACAAAGAAAAAAUAUGCAUAGUUGUGAUAAAAAAAUAAAUCCAAAGAGAAAAGUUUUAUUAUGAUAUUUAGUUCAAUAAAAA